AAAUACAUUUUCAUUGUUUUCAUUGUUUUCAUUGUAUACUUCAAGUGAACUUUCUUUUCUCUUCACUGAGUUUAAUAGAAGUAAAAAAACCACCAAUCUGGAGAGGAACCCUGGAAUUUAUUGAUGUCUGAAGCUUUAUGUGUUAAUUCUCACUGAGCAUGUAGUUGUGGAUUCAUAAAAUGUCGUUGCUGGUCAAAAAUAAUGUGUUACUCAUUUUAAUGACCAUCGUGAAAUCUGGUAGCUUCUGUGGAAGGCAAUAUCUGAGAGAUUAUUAUCAGUGUUAAGAAAACAGUGCCUGUGAGAUUUUGUAGCAAUAGCAGUUGAAUUCCUAUCUACAGCCUCCAUAAAGACCAACAUUACUAUCCUUACAAGAAAAAGGCUUUAAAUGCCGAGUGAUAGGGAGUGGGGGAAGGAAGUAUGCAUCUGUUUAUAAGAGCAGACAUGAAAAACUUUACUUGGAAUUCUUCCAUAAAACCUCAAACCUUGAAUGCAGACUGAUCGAUGUAUCCUUUUAUCACUUAAUUCCAUAGAGUUCACCCCUUCCCUCCUCUCCCCUCUUACCCCAAAUUAAAAUAUGCAAACAUUGAAAUUAGUAAGAUGAAAGGUUUUGCCAUAGGUCUGAGAAGCUUCAGAUCUGUUGCCAUGAAUAAAGAAAAAUCCAGCCUCCACUGGAGUUGUGGCAAAUUGGUAUAAUGGAGUAAUUCCAGAUUGUGGGGUUAUUCUUUAAAAGAAACACUGAAAUUAUCUGAAAAAAACAUUGUGUUGUGAGGUACAGGGAGAAAAUGACGUAAGUUCCCACAUGAAACCUUUUACUGCCCAUGUUGGACUUGACCAUAUGACUUUAUCAUCUCCUCUUUAUUUCAGCCCAUAGAUUCCUUUUUUUUUUUUUUUUUUUCUUUUAAUAUCCAUGGAGUCUUGGUUAUAGCUUCAAGAGAGAGGGAUUUUUAAGAAAAGUACUACAGGAGAAUCUGAUGGUGGGGGGAAAGUAAGUCACCAAGUGAACGUAUUCUUGCUGCUGUCAUAUGAGCAUUGUUGAUUCUACUACACUUGGGUUUGGGGAAUAUUUUUUUCCCAACAUUACGUACAUCAGGAUUUUAUGAAGGUAAAUGCCUGUAAAAGAUAUUUCUUCAGUUAUGUUGCUAUGUGUAAUUUUCAAAAUCACUGAAGUUGCGCUUAGAUCUCAAGGCUUUGCAGUAAGCAGACAUGGGAAACAUUAGGCACAAAGUGAGGUUUUACGUGCUGUGUCAUCAUGAGGAAUGCUAGUUGUCUAUAUACAAUAUGGUACCAGAAAGCUGGAAUUGUGUUGGAAUUCUCUGUUUAGACACCUCUCACAGGGAGUAUGGUGACAGAUUCCUUAAAUGUUUUCUCAGUUCUGUGGAUGAUGGAACACGUGGCUCGUAUUAGACUCUAGAGGGGAUGCAAAAUAUUUUUAAAGGUAUUUAACUGGUGAGGGAGUUCAGAAAGCAUUGCAUUCAGUGUGCUUAAAAGUAUUUAUAGCUUGUGUCUGACUUUGUUAAGCUAGCUUCUGAUUUGGUUACAUUUGUGUAAAGCAAAUGGAUUUGGAAGUUCUGUUAGUUCCUUGUACUGCUUUGUAAAGAGUUAUGAGAGAAGUGUUAUGGAAGAAUUCAAAACUUGCACUGGACAGGUAUACAAAUGUAUAAAUUAAUUCCUACUAUAAUAAAUAAGAUUAGUGUAAAGAAAGAUUUAUGUUCUUAGAAGUCAACCACAGUUGCAAUGCUGGACACCAGAGUGAGUUCCUAAAAACAUUCUGCCUAUAUUUUACGUGAAAGGGAACUUCUUCUGUUGUUUGGCUUAAUGAGGGAUGAUCAAAUGAUUUUUUGAUAUCCUGACAGCUGGAAAAAAAUUACUGUAUCUUUUCUCUGGACUCAUUUUUAUUAUUAAAACCUGCCACUUUUUCACAAAAGCUUGGUGCAAUGCUUCACAAUUUCAUUUGAAUUCUAAAUUCAUAUUAAAAAUGCCUUUUGUGUCCCUCGCCCUCCUCCUUCUUUGCAUUGGCUGCAGUCAAAAGUGUGGUUGAUUUAGCGUGAACAAGCUGAAGAAAACCCACAGAUAAGAGGGCCUUAAUUAUAUUUAGCUGUGGAGGAUGGGAGAGAUUGAAGUGUCUUGAGCUGCCAUGUAACAGCUGCCAGGCAGUGACUGACUGGAGCGCUUGGGCCCAGCACAGUGGUGGUGUAACAGGGAGUCAGUCAUCUGUCAUCCUGUGAAUGACACACAUCGUGGCAGUUUAGGCUAAUUCUCAUUUUGUAAUUGAGAUUGACUAAGUGCACCCAUGGCUUGUUGCCACAAUAAUUCAGAUUUUGCGAGCUAUCUGGAACAUACAGAUUCAUUUCAUUGAAAUGUCUUGAGCUAUAAAAACUUCUGCUUCUGUGUGUUUUUUGGAUAGGGAGAUCCUUACGGUGCAGUGAGGCUGCUCUCGGCGGGGCUGCGGCAGCUGGGUGUGAACAGCUCUGCUGUGGUGCUGUGACAGCUGCAACGCGGAGGUGUGGCCAGCUGGACUGGCCCUGAAGGGACACCAGCUUGGGAGUUGGGCUGCUUCACAACAAAGGCUCCGCAGCGCAGUAAUUCUCUCUGAUACAGUCAGUGUUGCGUCCUGGCAAGAAUAGAAGAUUAAGACAUGAAGCAAGACUUCCCAGCUGGUCAGAUGGGACUAGGUGAUUUCCUAAAUGGAUGGCUGUACCACUGCCACUGACGUGAAAAUCUGAGAAAUGAACAAAUUACGGCAAAGCUUUAGGAGAAAGAAAGAUGUCUAUGUCCCAGAGGCCAGCAGGCCUCAUCAGUGGCAGACUGAUGAAGAAGGCGUUCGUACUGGCAAGUGUAGCUUUCCUGUUAAGUACUUGGGACACGUCGAAGUGGACGAAUCCAGAGGAAUGCAUAUCUGUGAAGAUGCUGUGAAGAGGCUGAAAUCUCUACCUACAGUAAUAGCGCUCGACUUGUCCCCCCUGUUCCUCCAGGAAAGGAAGUUCUUCAAAGGCUUCUUUGGAAAAUCUGGGAAGAAAGCCGUCAAAGCAGUCCUGUGGGUUUCAGCGGAUGGACUCAGAGUUGUAGAUGAGAAAACAAAGGAUCUUAUAGUUGAUCAGACAAUAGAGAAGGUUUCUUUCUGCGCGCCAGACAGGAACUUUGACCGGGCGUUCUCAUACAUCUGCCGAGAUGGCACAACAAGACGCUGGAUCUGCCACUGCUUCAUGGCUGUGAAGGACACGGGGGAAAGGUUGAGUCACGCCGUGGGCUGUGCAUUUGCAGCGUGCCUGGAGCGAAAGCAGAAGCGAGAGAAGGAGUGUGGAGUGACUGCCACCUUUGAUGCCAGCAGAACCACAUUCACUAGAGAGGGGUCAUUCAGGGUCACUACAGCUACUGAACAAGCAGAGAGAGAGGAAAUUAUGAGACAGAUGCCGGAUGCUAAAGCAGUUGAAACAGAAGUGAAAACAGUAGCACCAGGUGCUGCACCAAACAAUACUGCCCCCUCUUCUGGCUCACCAACCUCUCCUACUGCUGAAGUUGCUGCCUCUCUGGAUAAAGAAAUGAGCAACCCCCACGCUAUCCCACGGCGGCAUGCCCCCAUAGAGCAGCUUGCCAGGCAAGGGUCUUUCAGGGGCUUCCCUGCCCUUAGCCAAAAGAUGUCUCCUUUUAAACGCCAGUUGUCUUUGCGAAUAAAUGAGCUGCCUUCAACAGUGCAAAGGAAGACUGAUUUCCCCAUGAAAAACUCAGUCCCAGAGGUAGAAGGGGAAACAGACAGCAUUAGUGCCCUGUGCUCUCAGAUCACCAGUGCUUUCAGCACACCAUCAGAAGAUCCUUUCUCUUCGGCCCCCAUGACAAAACCAGUGACAGUAGUUGCACCACAGUCUCCUGCCUUUCAAGUUAAUGGCACUGCCUCUGCCUUCUGUGUGCUUGCUGCUAAACCAUCCCAAGCUGCUGUAGUGUCCACAGCUAUGCCAGUUCGUGAAACCAAUCCUUGGGCUCAUGCUCCUGCUGCUAAUACUGGAGCUGCAGCCGUGGUCGCUGGCACCGAAUGGAGCAGCACCUCCUCAGGUGCGGCCUCACCGAGUCUCUUCCAAGGAAAUCACAGACGUACUCCCUCAGAGGCAGACCGCUGGUUGGAAGAGGUCUCAAAGACUGUCAGAGCCCAACAGCAGCCAACCUCAGCCCCAGCCCCACAGCCACUGCUCCAGCCUCCUCCAGCAGCUCCAGCCUCCCAGUCAGCACCAGCCUUCCCAGUCAGCACCUUCAUUGCGCCUCAGCCUGUGCCGGUGGGCGUGGUACCGCCCAUGCAGCCAGCGUUUAUUCCAGCUCAGCCCUAUGCUGUAGCAAAUGGGAUGACCUAUGCAGCCCCAAGCGUCCCUGUGGUUGGGAUCACACCUUCCCAGAUGGUGGCCAACGUCUUCGGUACUGCCAGCCACACUCCAGCGGCCCACCCGCACCAGUCCCCCAGCCUGGUGAAGCAGCAGUCGGUGCCUCAGUACGACAGCAGCAGCAGCAGCGCCACUGCCAGCCCCUUCUUCCACCCGCCCGCGCAGCACAACGGCUCCGCCGCCUUCAACGGCGUGGAGGGGGGCAAAUGGGCUGCCGAGGACAAGCAUUCGCAGCCCCCCAUGCCCACCCCGCAGGUCGACCCCUUUGAGGCACAGUGGGCGGCUCUGGAGGGCAAGGCAAAGCAGCGCACCAACCCCUCCCCCACCAACCCCUUCUCCAGUGACCUACAGAAGACAUUCGAGAUCGAACUCUGAGCGCUCCUGUGGGGGGCGGAUAAAUUGUACAUUAGGCUAGAGGGAUAAAGGGAGCAGAGGGGACCGUUCUGAUCGGUUUGCUUUGAUAAUCCCAAUGGUCCCUUCAAACAAAAAUGGUUUAGAAAGAGGGAGCAAUUAUGGGGAGGAUGGAAACACGCAAAGAAUUUAAUGUGCAGUUCUUAAAAGGAAUCCUGGAGCCACCCCAGUCUGCAUUCCCUACUCUCUUGGAAGGCUGGAAGUCAAAUGGAGCGAAGAAAAGCACCCAGUCCCAAGGCCUGUUCUGCAGAAACAUCAAUCAUCUCACAGAAAGGAAGGCAGAUGUUUGUACCUGUGUCCUCCUGAUGCCCUGCAAGCCCUGGAUGUUCCCCCUCAGGGAAAAAUUGGGUAGGGUGGGGGGUGGAUAUGGGUGGGAUAUUGUCACCUUAGCAAAAGCUAGGUUUGUGGAAAAAGUUGAGCUUCCAUUUUGAGUAACAAAGUGAAUAUUAUAUGUAAAGAAUAAAGUAAAGCCAAAAUCUUUAUUUUUAUGCAUUUAGAAUAUUUUAAAUAGUUGGAUAUUAAAAGCUGUAUGAGUUGUAAGUAAUCUUGCCAAAGGUUAAAAACAAGGGGGUUGGAUGUAAGAAAUUGUACAUAAGAUUGAUUUAUCGCUGAUUCUUAUAGUAAGUAAUAUUGGGGGGGUGGAAAAAGGGGCUCUAGCUUGUUCUUGUAUCUGUUCAUUGUAAGUAGCAUAUUGCAACAACAAUCACAACCGAUAAGUCAUUAUAUCGUAGUUUUAAAUAAAGAAAAUUAAAGAACAGUAUUGUCAUGGUUUGAAAACCAUGGGGAGAAUUUACUGUUUUUUAUUGGAAUCAGUCUACAUAUUCUAUAUAGUAUGGAUUUUUUUCCUUUCAUGUAUUGCUGCAGUUUCUUUGUCUUAAUCUAUUGGUUCUAACACUACUGUGACAACUUACUGUCAUCAUAUCUACAUCCUGGGGCUGCCUGGGAAACCAUUUUAUGUUUGUCUGUCAAUAGUUCUUAGAGGUUUUUAACUUUGGUUUUAUUUUUCCCCACUGAUUUGUGAAACCUUGUGGUUAAGGCUGCAGCUGGUCCAGGUUCUGCCUCUGGUGACUUGUGAAAACCAUCUCAUUUUAACUUUACUUUUAAACUUUGGCCUUACAAGCAAAUGUAAGUUAUAUAUAUUUGUACUGAUGAUUUAUAAUCUGCUUUAACAGAAAUAAAUGUUGGUGGUAGAA